GGAAGCCAACGUGCAAUAGAUCAGGAGGUGUAGCUGAUAAAGAGUGUUCAUACUUUGCAGCUCAGUAAACAUCCACUGCUAUCCACCUCCUCUUCAGUGAACAAUUUUUAAAUGUUGAGUUGGAGAGAAAUCUGGGGGUAGGGAAUAGUGGCAUGGGCUGCUGCCAGAGCCAUUGAGGAAGUGACACUCUAAAGGAACUUAUGAUAAAAAAGAAGCAAACACAAACAAAACUAUUAAUUGAAGGGGAGAUUUACUUUUAUCAAUGGCAUGAGACAUGGAACAUUUCCUAUUGACACGACAAAAACACGGCUACAGCUUCAAGGUCAGGUGAUAGAUGCUAAACAGAAAGAGAUCAGAUAUCGAGGAAUGCUCCAUGCUUUUGUCAGAAUUGCCAGAGAAGAUGGGAUCAAGGCAUUGUAUAAUGGGGUAGCACCUGCACUUUUGCGCCAAGCAACCUAUGGAUCUCUAAAGUUAGGCUUCUACCAUGCUCUGAAAAGAAGGCUGGUAAAAAACCCAAAAGAUGAGACUUUAUAUUACAAUGUAAUUGCAGGGGUUGUUGCUGGAGCAGUCUCAUCAGCCAUAUGUAACCCUACUGAUCUUUUAAAGAUUCGUAUGCAGGCAGAGUAUCAAUCAGUUGUCAAUGUGAGAAGAAAAGGAAUGCUCCAAUCUUUUGCUUCAAUAUUUAAAGAGGAGGGAAUCAGGGGACUCUACCGGGGAGUUGGUCCCACAGCUCAAAGAGCAGCAGUUAUUGCAGGAGUAGAACUUCCAGUUUAUGAUUGGUGUAAAAAGAAAAUUUUGGAUCUCAAGAUUAUGGGUGAUAACCCUUACACUCAUUUUUGUGCUAGUGGAGUUGCUGGACUGGCAGGUGCUAUAGCCUCAAAUCCAAUAGAUGUUGUGAGGACAAGAAUGAUGAAUCAAAGAAAUCUGAAAGUAAACACUGGAAGUGCAGCUGUCAUCUACACAAGUGCUGCCCACUGUUUGCUUACUACUUUGAGGUCUGAAGGAUUUUUUGCUCUCUAUCGAGGGUUUGUACCGCAGUUUCUGAGGUUAUUUCCGUGGAAUGUUAUUUUCUUCAUGUCAUAUGAACAGUACAAGAAGUAUGGAAAUGAAGUGUUAUCAUAGCAAGCUAAUGAUUUGCUCUGGUUUGAUGUUAAUGCUGACAUUCCAGUGAGGCCUUGUGGUGAAUUUCAAUACUUAUAAAUGAGGACUAAAUUUCAUGCAGUUGUUUAUCAUCAUCAGAUAGUAGUGGGAAUGUGAAAAUAACCAAUAAGAUAAAAAGAAAGAAAACAAAGAGAUAGACAAAUUGAAGAAUAAAUAAUUGAUUAAAAUCCACAAAUUACAACAUUGAUUGGGACUUUUUAAACUCUCCAAAUGAUUCUACUAGUUUCAUUAGUGGAUCAAGAUAUGAUUGAUGACAGCAUCAAGUGCAGUUUGCAUGUUAUUGAGAAGCACAGUUUUUUAGAAAAAAACCAUAAACUAAAUAAAUUUGCACAAAUCAGCAAAUGAGAAAAAUGAUAUUUAUUGUCAUAUUCAUGAAAAUAAUCAAAUUAUUUUGUUUGAUUCAAAAAGUUCACAUAUUUAAUUAUGCAGUUGAUUUAUGUCAGAAAUCUUUGGUGCAGAUUUCACUGCAUUUAGCAGUGGAAGAUGUUAGCAACAUGUCACACCUCUUUUGUUCUGAACUAAUCACUCUUUUACAGGAUAAUGUCCUGCAAUAGAAGUUACAUUGUAGUAAUCUACAAACUGUGUCCCUGUGUGGAUUCACACAAGUCAUACAAACAUGGUAAAAAUACCAGUUAAUUUAUUUUCCUUGAAAAGGAAAAUACUGUUGGUUCCAUGUUAAUGUCAUUAGGAGUGUUAUUAGGCCAACUCUUACACCAUGUAUACUUUCAAAUGGUUCAGUAUCUGAUUAAAUUAAUUUUUGGUUUCUCAAUUACCGGUAAAUUUUUAAAAUAAGUAAAUUUUGACUUUGAUGGUGACUCCCUAUUGUUUUUUUCCACAUAAAGUAUACAUUUAGUACUAUUUGUUGUACCUGGUCAUCAAUUUAUGCAAAUCGUUUUCUUUCUUUCUUUUUUUUUUUUUUUGUCAAGUUUUAAGCUUAUCACCUUUUAUCUAAAAUCCUUGAGCUUCACUCAGAUCUGAACUCUAAUGUUGAUAUCAUUAUAAUACAAUCCAUUUUCACUUAAUUUCAAUUUACCUUUUCAGUCAAAUAAACACUGAAUAAUUGAACUAA